AUGCCACCCGUCUACGGCGGAGCACCAAAGUGCCCGACGUGCGGCAAGGCAGUCUACUUUGCAGAGCAGGUCAUCGGGCCACAGGGCAGCUACCACAAGGCGUGUCUCAAGUGCGUCGCGUGCGGCAAGUCGCUCGAGCCGAGGUUGCUGCUGGAUCACGACGGCCGGGCUUAUUGCAAGUCCUGUCACGGCAAGGCGUUUGGCGCAAAGGGCUACGGCGCAGGCGGCGCACUCGUAGGCGAAUACGCACCCCGCCCUUCUCCCACACCUACCAGUUCUCCGAUUCGUCCCUCGGCAACUACCGCAGCUCCUCCCCAACCCGUGCAAUCACCAACUCCCGCCGCUCGACCUGUUCCUUCCCUCCCUACUCCUACAGAACAAGCAGCGGGGACAGCUCGACGACCGCUCCCUACGCCGCCUGUUGCGCCGCCUAAACCGGCUUCAAUAUUCGCCUCAACUUCGAGAUCUGCCGCGGGUCCGCCUCCUCCGACUCCUCCUCGACCUGCCUCUUUCCAGCCCACUCCAACCCCCCCCGCCCCUCCUCCUCCCUCCUCGACCCGCCCCUCCCUCACCACCCCCCAACUCUGCACCAUCUGCCAUACCCCCUCCUACCACGCCGAAUCCCUCCUACUCCCCUCACUCGGCGGGUCCAUCCACCGCCGGUGCUUCAAGUGCGCGGGCUGUGGGGGGAGGUUGGAGUUGGGCAGGGAGGUGGUCAAGGAGGGGAAGGCGUAUUGUAGGGGUUGUUAUAGGGAGAGGUGGGGAGUUGGUGGCGGGUUGGGGGGGAUGACGCGACCGAAUAUGUUCUGA